AUGGCGCAUCCGGACACGCGGGGCUGCACCAGCCUGCUGCCCUCGGGCCAGGCCCCUGCGCGGGAGCCCUGCCCGCCCUCCCACCCCCGCAGAACCCCCACUGAGGAUGCCGCCAAGGAAGAACUUAGCAACCUGCCCGCGCGGCAUGAAGUCAAACUACGGGUGACCGGCCCUUCCACGGAGAGUCCGGCGGGGUCCUCAAGGCUGCCCGGGUAUAAAGGCCAGGCGGAGGGCGCCCAGCACAGCAAGAGUCGCCGGCGCAGACUGUCCGGUGGGAGUCAGGCGGCCUCUCCUCUCCUCUCGAGAGCCCUGGACGCGCCACAGGCCAUGCUGCUGCUGCUGACUCUCGCGCUCCUGGGGAGCCGCCCCUGCUGGGCCGCCCAGCAGUACGGGUUGGGAGGAGGCCUCUCCUUCAGUACCUCUGGGAGCCACAAUGGUGAAAUCACGGGGCUGCGGGUGUUCAUCGGUGGUGUUAACAACAUCAGAGGCAUCCAGGUGAAAUUUGGAGACAGCUGGGAUGAUCGACGUGGUGCCUCGGGUGGGAUGAGCCAGGAACUCCUCCUGUGGUCGGGCGAACACAUCACCGAGAUCCACGGCUCAUUUGACUUGUUACUCCAUUACCUGGCCGUGUGCACUGACCUGAGAGGCUGCGUCUCCUUUGGGAAGAACAUCGGCAAGCAGUUCUCCGCCUUCCCCAGCCAACAGGGACAGGUGCUCACGGGCAUCUUUGGCCAGUACGGACUCCUCGGCCUCAAGGGCAUCGGCUUUACUUGGGAUUUCCCGGCAGAGGGGGACACCACCCCAACAGAGGAGGACACCACCGCGACAGAGGAGGACAACACUGCAGGAGAUGAUGACAGGCUUAUUUGGCAAUAGUUACGGGGCAGUGUGCAAGGUCACUGACACUGAAGCCAGCUGGGGUGUGGUGGGCUAACAGUCCUGGGGUAAGGGAGUUGUGACGCUGAA